AAACGUCCUUCUGCUCCCUUAGAAGACUCCAGCAAGUUAUUUGAAGAGGUCUUUGGAGACAUGGUGGUUUCUCUUUCCUUCCCAGAAGCAGAUCCAGCCCUAUCAUCUCCUGGUGCCCCAGAGCUGCAUCAGAAUGAAGCUCAGGUGGUGGAGGAGCUAACUGCCAAUGGAAAGCACAGUCUGAGUUGGGAGAGUCCCCAAGGACCGGGAUGCGGGCUCCAGAACACAGGUAACAGCUGUUACCUGAAUGCAGCCCUGCAGUGCUUGACACACACACCACCUCUCGCUGACUACAUGCUGUCCCGGGAGCACAGUCAAACCUGUUGUUCCCCAGAAGGCUGUAAGAUGUGUGCUAUGGAAGCCCAUGUGACCCAGAGUCUCCUACACUCUCACUCAGGGGAUGUCAUGAAGCCCUCCCAGAUUUUGACCUCUGCCUUCCACAAGCACCAGCAGGAAGAUGCCCAUGAGUUUCUCAUGUUCACCUUGGAAACAAUGCAUGAAUCCUGCCUUCAAGUGCACAGACAAUCAGAACCCACCGCUGAGGACAGCUCACCCAUUCAUGACAUAUUUGGAGGCUGGUGGAGGUCUCAGAUCAAGUGUCUCCAUUGCCAGGGUACCUCAGAUACCUUCGAUCCCUUCCUGGACGUCCCGCUGGAUAUCAGCUCAGCUCAGAGUGUAAAUCAAGCCUUGUGGGAUACAGAGAAGUCAGAAGAGCUAUGUGGAGAGAAUGCCUACGACUGUGGUAGGUGUAGACAGAAGACACCAGCUUCCAAGACCCUGCAUGUUCAUAGUGCCCCAAAGGUACUCCUGCUAGUGUUAAAGCGCUUCUUGGGCUUCAUGGGUAACAAGUUGGACAGAAAAAUAAGCUACCCGGAGUUCCUUGACCUGAAGCCAUACCUGUCCCAGCCUACUGGAGGACCUUUGCCUUAUGCCCUCUAUGCCGUCCUGGUCCAUGAAGGUGAGACUUGUCACAGUGGACAUUACUUCUGUUUUGUCAAAGCUGGCCAUGGGAAGUGGUACAAGAUGGAUGAUACUAAAGUCACCAGCUGCGAUGUGACUUCUGUCCUGAAUGAGAAUGCCUAUGUGCUCUUCUAUGUGCAGCAGACCGACCUCAAACAGGUCAGUAUUGACAUGCCAGAGGGCAGAAUACAUGAGGUUCUCGACCCCGAAUACCAGCUGAAGAAAUCCCGGAGAAAAAAGCAUAAGAAGAAAAGCCCUUGCACAGAAGAUGCAGGAGAGCCCUGUGAAAACAGGGAGAAGAGAGCAACCGAAGAAGCCUCCUUAGGGGAGGGGAAAGUGCUUCAGGAAAAGAACCACCAGAAAGCUGGGCAGAACCUCAGGAAUACUGAAGGUGAACUUGAUCUGCCUGCUGAUGCAAUUGUGAUUCACCAUCCCAGAUCCACAGCCAACUGGGGCUGGGAUGCUCCAGACAAGGAGAAUCAAUCCUUGCACAAUGCUGACAGGCUCCUCACCUCUCAGGGCUCUGUGAACACUGGGCAGCUCUGUAGUCAGGGUGGAAGACGAAGAUCGAAGAAGGGGAAGAACAAGAACAAGCAAGGGCAGAGGCUUCUGCUUGUUCGCUAG